AUGGCGACUUUGCAGAAACGAGGCUCUUUAGCUAAAAACGAUAGCAAUGGGUCAAGAACAAUGACAAUAACCGCAAGGGAAACGCAGCCGGAAAGAGUGGUGAUAACAGCUCGGCUACCUGAGGUCGAAGAGAGUCAGCCCCGGCGACGCGUGAUGUUUACCGAGGACACGGUGGAUAAUGAAGGUCUCGGCCGCAAAUCAACCAAAGUGUGCUGUAUUUAUCACAAACCAAAGCUCUUCGGCGAAUCAAGCUCAGAAUCGGACUCCUCCGACGACGAAAUCUCACCGCUUGAGAGAAAACCCAAGCAAAUGAAGCAAAAAAAGAAGAAAAAAUGCGCGGACGAAGAAUGCAACCGCAAGUGUGAUUCCUAA